AUGUCGUUGUCCAUGUGGGGAGAUGGAGCGCAGUGGAUCGUAUCGUCUAAGCUGCUUUUACGAAUCCGUCCAUUCAAUUGUUCUGUGUGUGGGAAGUCCUUUUCAUGGCCAUCACAUCUUCAUAGACACCAGAGAACACACACGGGAGAGAAGCCAUUCCUGUGCCCUGUGUGUGGGAAGACAUUUGCACUUUCAUCACAUCUUCAGAGUCAUCAGAGAACGCACACUGGCGACAAGCCAUUCCUGUGCCAUGUGUGUGGGAAGGCAUUUGCACACUCGUCAACUCUUCAAGACCAUCAGAAAUCACACACGGGAGAGAAGCCAUUCCUGUGCCCUGUGUGUGGUAAGACUUUUGCAAAGUCAUCACAUCUUCAAGACCAUCAGAAAACACACACGGGCGAGAAGCCAUUCCUGUGUCCUGUGUGUGGGAAGAAAUUUGCACAGUCAUCACAUCUUCAGAGUCAUCAGAGAACACACACGGGCGAGAAGCCAUUCCUGUGCCCUGUGUGUGGGAAGGCAUUUGCCCAGUCAUCAACUCUUCAGAGUAAUCGGAAAACACACACGGGCGAGAAGCCAUUCCGGUGCCCUGUGUGUGGGAAGACAUUUGCACACUCGUCAACUCUUCAAGACCAUCAGAAAACACACACGGGCGAGAAGCCAUUCCUGUGCCCUGUGUGUGGGAAGGCAUUUGCACAGUCAUCAACUCUUCAAACUCAUCAAAGAACACACACGGGGGUGAAGCCAUUCCUGUGCUCUGUGUGUGGGAAGGCAUUUGCACACUCAUCAACCAUGAACAGGCAUCAGAAGGUCCACAACGGAGACAAGAAGCCAUUCAAUUGCUCUGUGUGUGGGAAGUCAUUUUCAUGGCCAUCAUAUCUUAAGAGUCACCAGAGAACACACACGGGUGAGAAGCCAUUCCUGUGCCCUGUGUGUGGGAAGACAUUUGCACACUCAUCAACUCUUCAAACUCACCAGAGAACACACACGGGCGAGAAGCCAUUCCUGUGCUCUGUGUGUGGGAAGACAUUUGCACACUCAUCAACUCUUCAAGAUCAUAAGAAAACACACACGGGCCAGAAGCCAUUCCUGUGCUCUGUGUGUGGGAAGACAUUUGCACACUCAUCAUAUCUUCUGAGUCAUCAGAGAACACACACUGGCGAGAAGCCAUUCCUGUGCCAUGUUUGUGGGAAGGCAUUUGCACAAUCAUCAACUCUUCAAAACCAUCAGAGAACACACACGGGCAAGAAGCCAUUGAAUUGCUCUGUGUGUGGGAAGUCCUUUUCAUGGCCAUCACAUCUUCAGAGACACCAGAGAACACACACGGGCGAGAAGCCAUUCAUAUGCUCUGUGUGUGGAAAGGCAUUUGCACAGUCAUCAAAUCUUCAAACUCAUCAGAAAACACACACGGGCGAGAAGCCAUUCCUGUGCCCUGUGUGUGGGAAGGCAUUUUCACAGUCAUCAUCCAUGAACAGGCAUCAGAAGAUUGAGAGUUUCUUGACGUGCAGGUGGUGA